AUGGCUUCUAUUUCACUCUAUGUUUGCAAGUUAAGCAAUCCGUGUUUUUUCAGGUUUAAGUCACAAAUAAGUCCUAAAGCUACAUCUCAAUUCCGUGAUGGUCAAGGAAACUCUGGAAGUUUGGUGGACUCAAACUUGAGUAUUUUGAAAUCCAGAAUGGAACAAACCCGGACCAGGGAAAGGUUAAAUGCUUGUUAUCUGCAUGAAAAUGGAUGGAAUUAUAAAUCUGGAUACAACAGCAUAAUCAAGAAACAAGAAAUGUUAUUGCAGUCUAUUGAGCUACUUGGUUUAGUUUCCAGCACAAUAGGACUUGUAUUUCUAAGUGGUUCUCUCUUCAUCUUCCUCGUUUCCUUGUAUUUCUAA